AUGGCGUCGGAAGCAGUGGAGGUAGAGGAGUCGCCACAACGAGGUACGCAGGCAGAUAGUCCCGGUCGGAGGUCUGAGAAACCUUCUCCUGCAAAGCCCUUGAAAAAGCCAAGUUCAAAAGAAGUUCCGAAGGCAAAGGCAAAGGCAUCGAGCAAAGGAGAGAGUAAGAAAAAAGCUUCCGCGAAAUCCAAGUCUGUGAUGAAAACCAUCAAGAAAAAGCCUGCUGCGGCUCGUCAUGAGGUUGAGACAAAGCCCAAAUCUUCCAAGGGAAACAAAGGUCUCAUGAAGAAGCCAGCGGCGGCCCCAGGCAAAAGUGGUGCUGCUGGAAUAGGUUCUUCUUCUUCUUGGAAAGAAGGCAUUGUCCGGGAGACAAGCAACGCCACUGACCAAGAUGCUGAGCAACCCGAAGAAGAGCAUGGCAACUUCGAAGAGGAUCCAGUUCUUGAAGAUGGUGAGGUCCAUGAGAUCCGUGACCGCACCAAGAACCAGAAGUUCCAGACAAUGUUAGCCAAUGGAGAGCUGCCUCCCUUCAUUCAGAAGGAAUGGGAGCGUGUUUCGAAGUUGAGAUCCGGGAAAAGAGAGUGUCAGACUGCGAUCAUCAAUGCCAUCUAUGAUCAUUCCGCCGCAGGACGAUUGAUCCUCAACACGGACAAGGCCAUCUUCGAAAGUAUGCGCUCUGACUACCAAGAUACGAAGAGCAAGAAGCAACUGAAGACUCUCCCCCUGCUUCUCUUUUGCGGAAAAUUCCGCUUGACUCCAGAACAGGUCCAGCAAGGUCUUCGAGAGGGGCAAUUCAUGGAAGUGGAGACACCGAAUGGCACAGAGUAUGGUUGGAGACAGAGCACCUUCUCGGAGAUCAAGGGCGUCAAAACUGCGACUGGCUACAAGAUGUCAGAGGAAGGCGACCAGGAUACGAUGCAGAAGUACACGGAGAUGACCCAAUGCUGGAAAAGUGGCAUCAAGCGUCCACAGAGCAUUGCUAGUGGAUCCAACCAGCUCGCCAUUUGUGAUGUGGAGUCCCCGUUGUCCCAGGAAGAAUGGGUUGUCGCACAGAAACAAUUGCAGUCGGCCUUUGCGGCCUUAGAUCAGCAGGAGAAGAAUGCGAUGAGACACAUGGGUGUCAUCGAGCAGAACGAAGACGAGCCAUUGAAAGCAGCCAUCCAAGAGGUUCGACGGGUCAAGGCGGAGAUCUCUCAUGUGCAGUCCUUCAAGGAGUUGCCCUCCGGGAUGAAAUUGACUUUGAAGACAUACAAUGAUUUCUUGCACACCCAGGGACAGAUCUGUGAAAGUCAGGAAGAUGUGAUCGCUGGCAUCAAGGGUCAGCUUGAUCAGCGCGCAAAGCGUGCCAAAAGAACCUAG